AACAUGGCAGUGACGGUGACCUACGGCGGUGAUGCCAUCCCCAAGAGCCCCUUCCCAGUCUACGUGGCACCGCCUCUUGACCUUGGCAAGGUCAAAGUGCAAGGACUCAACAACAAGGUCGAUGUGGGUCGGGACCAAGAAUUUACGGUCAACACGCGAGGAGCCGGUGGCCAGGGACAGGUGGACGUGAAGAUCAGUUCGCCCUCCCGCCGGCCCAUUCCUUGCAAGGUGGAGACUGGGGCCACCAACGAUGUCCACUCGGUGAAGUACAUGCCACCCGAAGAGGGACAGUAUAAGGUGGAUGUCACCUAUGAUGGGAAUCCUGUGCCUGGAAGCCCCUUUGCCAUUGAGGCCGUGAUGCCCCCAGACCCAACCAAGGUCAGCUCCAGCCGGGUGCUCAGUGCUGCAGGAUGUCCAGGAGGGAGGGG